AUGGCUGACGCAACACCGUCCGCCCCGAAAAAGCUCACAAAGAAAGAACUACGCAUCCUCGAACGUCAGAAAGCAGCCGUAGCUGCUGCUGGCCCUACACUGACUGAAACGUAUGGUGAGCUGCCUCUCGUCCAGUCGAAGGAACGCCUUCAUCACGUCUAUAAAUUAGUAAAAGAUCUAAACUUGGAGCUACAAGGUGAAAGCUUUUGGGUACGCGGGUACCUACAGACUGUGCGUGCCAAGUCCAAGCUUGCCUUCAUCACGCUGCGUCAAGAGACGGCUACGAUCCAAGGUAUUUUGCAUGAAAGUGACAAGGUUUCGCGCCCUAUGAUCAAAUUUGUGGCCGGUGUACCCAAGGAGUCUGUCGUGGAUGUGUUUGUGACGCUUACCGUGCCCGACAGCCCCGUGCUCAGCACCACGCAGAAAGACGUAGAGCUUAAGGUGGAGAAAUUCUUUGUCGUCAGCAAGGCGUUACUCGAACUGCCUUUCCAGGUAGAAGACGCUGCUCGCUCUGAUGUCGUUGUCAAGGCCGAGGGAUCUACGUACGUGAAUGUUGGGCUGGAGACUCGUCUCAACACACGUCCGCUUGACUUGCGGACGCCUGCCAACCAGUGUAUUAUGCGUAUUCAGGCGGCUGUGGGCCAGCUCUUCCGUGAGUUCCUUAUCAAGCGCGACUUUGUUGAGAUUCACACGCCCAAACUUGUAGGUGGAGCCUCGGAAAGCGGAGCCAACUGCUUUACGCUCAAGUACUUUGAUCAAGACGCUGCAUUGGCUCAAAGCCCCCAGACGUACAAGCAAAUGGCUUGCGCUGUCGCUGGUCUUGAGCGUGUGUUCGAGGUUGGCCCAGUCUUUCGUGCCGAGAACUCGAACACGCACCGCCACAUGUGUGAGUUUGUUGGUCUUGACCUGGAAAUGACCAUCAAGGACCACUACCACGAGGUGCUGGAAGUGUUUUCGGACCUGUUCAUCUAUAUCUUUGAUGGUCUAAAGGAGCGUUAUGCUAAAGAGCUGGCUAUCAUUAAUGAACAGCACCCGUUCGAGCCGCUCAAGUACAACAAGCCGUCGCUCGUCAUCAACUUUGAGGAAGGUGUAAAGAUGCUGAAGGAGGCUGGUGCCACGCAGGAGCCUGAAGACGACCUAAACACUGAAAAUGAGAAGUGGCUUGGCCGGCUCGUUAAGGAGAAGUAUGACACGGACUUUUACAUUCUGGACAAGUUCCCGCUUGGCGUACGUCCGUUUUACACGAUGCCGGACCCGAAUGAUAAGCGCUGGAGUAACUCGUACGACAUGAUGAUACGUGGUGAGGAAAUUGUCUCCGGCGCCCAACGUGUGCACGAUCCCAACCUCCUCAUUCAGCGCAUGGAUGAGUUGGGCGUGCCGCAAGAGUCUAUGCGCACAUACAUUGACUCGUUCCGGCUUGGCGCUUUGCCCCACGGCGGUGGUGGCAUUGGUUUGGAGCGUGUUGUUAUGCUUUACUUGGGUUUGGGUAACAUCCGCAAGGCCUCCAUGUUCCCGCGUGACCCGAAGCGAUUGUAUCCGUAA